CUUCCGGCGGUGGCUGCCGGAAUCCGCGGGGAGGGGGCGGCCGGGCCCGUGACGCCUCGCGCCGUCGUUUCCUGCCGCGCGCCGCUGCCAGUCCCGUGUCCCGUACCACUCCCCCCCCCUCCCCCCCCCCACCUUUCUCCCUGUCUCCCCUCAUGGCUGUGGAGCGCGGGGGCACCGGGCCCUUCCACCACCCGCUCCAGCCUCCCCCUCCCCCCUCUCCUCCUCUCUGCUCGCGCGCGGCGGCGGCGGCCGCGGGGCCCCUCCCGGCUGGGAUGUGAGGGGCGGCGAGCGCAGAAACCUAAUAUUGAAAUAUUUAAGAAGUGAACGGGUCUGGAUUUUGGAACAAAAUUGGUGAUUUUGUAUCAAGCAAGAAUCUACUUCAGUUUAUAUUUAAACUUGCUAGAAAAUGAAAGCAGACCCUUGCAGUUAAUCUGUUUUUUUUCUCACCCUGCAAAAUAAGAUAUUAAAGGGAGUUUAUAUGGAAGAAAUGCUGUGGCUGUUUUCAAAUUCUCUUAUGAACUGAUUUCAACGCAAGUUUUGGUGUUGGAUCAUCUUGAGUUGAGUGAAGGAAGUUCUGCUGUUCAUUGAUCAAUGUGACAGUCUUUAGCAGUUUACGAGAUGAGUGAAACUCGUGGGAGAUACGACUUCUGCAUUGGGCUGGUGUUGGCUAUGAGUUCCAGCAUUUUCAUCGGAGGAAGUUUCAUCCUGAAGAAGAAAGGCCUUCUCCGGUUAGCCAGGAAAGGCUCCAUGAGAGCAGGUCAAGGUGGUCAUGCAUACCUUAAGGAGUGGCUAUGGUGGGCUGGACUUCUUUCAAUGGGAGCUGGCGAAGUAGCCAACUUUGCUGCCUAUGCUUUUGCACCAGCUACGUUAGUGACUCCUUUAGGAGCUCUCAGUGUUCUUGUAAGUGCCAUUCUGUCAUCCUUCUUUUUAAAUGAAAAACUUAAUCUACAUGGAAAAAUAGGAUGUUUGCUAAGUAUUCUGGGAUCAACUGUGAUGGUAAUUCAUGCACCGCAAGAGGAGGAAGUAGAAACUUUGAAUGAAAUGUCCCAUAAACUAUGUGAUCCAGGUUUUGUGGUCUUCGCAACUCUUGUUGUCAUUGUGUCUUUAAUCCUGAUAUUCGUGGUGGGACCUCGCCAUGGACAGACCAACAUUCUCGUGUACAUAACAAUUUGCUCUGUGAUUGGAGCGUUGUCGGUCUCCUGUGUGAAAGGUUUGGGGAUCGCGAUCAAAGAACUUUUUGCGGGAAAACCAGUGAUGAGCCAUCCCUUGUCUUGGAUUCUGCUGCUGAGCCUCAUUGUCUGUGUGAGCACGCAGAUCAACUAUUUAAACAGGGCUCUGGAUAUAUUCAACACUUCGAUAGUGACUCCCAUCUAUUACGUAAUCUUUACAACAUCUGUUUUAACUUGUUCUGCCAUCCUCUUCAAGGAGUGGCAACACAUGGCGGCCGAUGACAUUAUUGGCACUUUCAGUGGCUUCCUGACUAUUAUUGUGGGGAUCUUUUUAUUGCAUGCCUUCAAAGAUGUUAACUUCACCCUCGCAAACCUGCCCCUCUCUUUGCGGAAAGAUGAGAGAGCAGCCAACGGUGCUUUGCUGAGCACCUAUGACUGCUUUAAUCAGGACGAAGAAAGCUCUGCCUGUCUGGGCGAAAUACAGUCCACGGAGAGUCUCUCGGCCAGGAGAAAUGGAAGUCUGUCAGUCUUCUGAAAAUACCUACAUCUUGCUGAAGAACAAUUCUUGUAACUCUGGAGAUUUUUCUUCUGCUGUGAAAUGUCUGAGCUUGUCUGGAAAAAUCAUGUACUACUUAACAGUAUGUGUAGACAAUCCUUAAUUUUUUAAGUUUGAUUAGUUUGGAUCAAGAAGACUGAAGGGGGUUUUAUUUGCCUUAUUUUUACUUUAAAAACAAAUACUAAAAAUGACCUCAGACCACAGUUGGUUGUAUUAAGUUAUGUGUAAAUAAUUCCAUUUCAUUUUUGUUUUAAGAUGUGUUGCACUAAUGACAAUUUUAUCAAAAAUAAAAUGCUUUAUUUCUGCAUUGGUGGUAAAAA